GCCUCCCUUCUCCGGCGCUGCGUUGUUUUUGCCCGGAAGCUCAAAGGCUUCCGGGGUUUUGAUGCUUGAGCCGCUGGGCUUCCCGACCGUUCAAGCAUGUUGGAGCCGCCCUGUGCUCCCUCCUCCGACGACCCUUCCGGGUCUGUCGGCUUUUGGGUCCCCUUUGGUGACCCCUUUGGUUUUCUUGUUGUUUUGUUGUUUCUUUGUGUUCUUGUAUAGUUUGUUUUUCAGAUCUGGCGACCCUCGGCCCUAUCCUGCAGAUCUUGUUAGGUGCUCGCUGCUUUUUGGUUGGCUUGCAGAUUCGGCGGUGGUCCCCUCCAUCCGGCAGCUUCUAGCGGUGGCGGUGAACGCGGGGGAUCCCAGAUCUGGCAACCUCGCGACCCACCUGCUGCCUCCAGGGAUCGGCCUCCGCCUGAUCGGGUCUCCGCAUCGGCAUCCUGGAGCUUGGCGCACCUUCCACAUGGGUAGAUUGAAGGGUGUCCCGUUUGGAUCGCUCGACCAAAGGCCGCUGUAUAGCUGCGCCCUUAGUGGUUGUUCGAGUGUCUUAUGCAUCUCCCUUCGGCCUCUGGAAAUGGGUCUACUCUAGUUUCUUGCUCCUGUUGUAAUUUUACUGUUUAUUAUUCCUGUAGAUGCCGUAUGGCGGUGUUUGAAAUGAACCAAUUUCCUUCUG